GCACCAGGCAGCCCUGUUGCAUCGUCGACUGGAAAUGUUGGAACAGAAUCAUAUGUCUGUCGUAGCGGUCCCGGCGAAAAUGGCGGGUGAUCAGGAGCAAUUUCAGCAACUUUUAACUGGAUUAUUAAGUGCUGAGAAUAAAAUUCGACAACAGGCCGAGAACACCUAUGACCAAAUUGCUGCUGAUGCCAAGUUUCAGCUAUUGUUGACAAAUGUUGUAAAUAAAAAUGCCAAUGAAAAUGUUCGUUCCAUGGCUGCCGUACUUCUUAGAAGACUUAUCACAACUAAUUUUGAUGAAGUUUUUCCCACGUUGCCACCUGAAGCUCAAGGGCAAGUACAGGCACAGCUCCUAGCAUUAGUACAACAGGAGGAAGAUGCAAAUAUGCGGAAAAAACUUUGUGAUAUCAUCAGUGAGCUGGCACAUAAUAUGAUUGAUGAUGAGGGAAACAAUAAAUGGCCAGAGUUCCUCCAGUUUCUUUUUGAAAGUGCAAGUUCGUCAUCCAUUGCACACAAAGAGAUUGCUCUAACACUGUUCAGCUUGGUACCAGGAGUAUUUGGCAAUCAGCAGCAGCAACAUUUGGGAAUGAUAAAAGCCAUGCUAACAACCUCUUUGGCAGACUCGACUAACCCGCCAGUCCAGGCCCUAGCAGUCAAGGGCACAGCAGCAUUUAUUCUCCUGCAUGACAAUGAGCCAAAUAUUCAGAAGAACUUUGCAGAUCUUCUUCCACAGUUUCUCCAGAUAAUUGCCACUAGCAUCCAAAUAGGCGAUGAUGAUGCUCUGCUAAAGUGCCUGGUAGAUUUGGCUGAAAGCUGUCCGAAGUUUUUAAGACCACAAGUGGAAAUGAUAUUACAGCUUGCAAUCAAAACUUUGCCAGAUCCUAAUGUUGGUGACGGUUGGAAGCACCUCCUUCUUGAGGUGGUUGUAACGCUGGCUGAGACUGCCCCUGCAAUGGUGCGCAAAGCUGGAGCGAAAUACAUGAACACCCUCAUACCUCAAAUGCUAAAUAUGAUGACUGAUUUGAAUGAUGAAGAAGAAUGGAGUGUAAGUGAUGAACAAGCUGAAGAAGACAAUGACAGUAAUUCUGUGGUAGCAGAGUCAUCUUUAGACCGCCUAGCCUGUGGUCUUGGUGGUAAAACUGUAUUGCCACACAUAAAUGCAACAUUAUCCCAGAUGUUACAGAGUGAUAACUGGAAGUGUCGACAUGCUGCACUAAUGGCAAUAUCAGCUGUUGGAGAGGGAUGCCAUAAACAAAUGGAAGGGAUGUUACCACAGAUUAUGGAUGCAGUAAUUAGAUUUCUACAAGAUCCUCAUCCCAGAGUUCGUUAUGCUGCUUGUAAUGCAAUUGGUCAGAUGGCAACAGACUUUGCACCCAUUUUUCAGAAAAAGUUUCAUGAAAUGGUUGUUCCAGGGCUUUUGCAUGUCAUGGAUGACGGUGUAAAUCCACGUGUUCAGGCUCAUGCAGGGGCAGCUCUUGUGAACUUCUCAGAAGUGUGUCCGAAGAAUAUCCUCACUACAUAUCUGCCUACAAUUAUUGCUAAAUUGGAGAGCAUUCUUGCUGCAAAGUUCAAAGAGCAUGAUGGUGUUCGUACAGCAGCAGCAGAAUCUCUCCCAUUCCUCUUGGAAUGUGCUAAGAUUAAGGGUCCACAAUACUUAGCCGAGAUGUGGCAGUAUAUGUGCCCAGAAUUGCUUAAAGCGAUAGAGACUGAACCUGAAAGUGAAGUGUUGUCAGAACAUAUGUAUGCUAUGGCAAAGUGCAUAGAAGUUCUUGGAAUGGGAUGCCUUACCAAUGACCAGAUUACUGAACUUAUAAGAAUUGUUGACAAAUCACUUAAGGAACAUUUUGAAAGAGCUGUAAAGAGACAAGAACAACGCAAGGAUGAAGACUAUGAUGAGGUUGUAGAAGAGCAGCUUUUAGAUGAGGAUGAUGAAGAUGUCUAUCUCCUGAGCAAAGUUGCUGAUAUUACACAUGCACUUUUUGCUGCAUAUGGUCAACAUUUCUUCCCUUUCUUUGAUGCCCUCUUACCACACUUUGUAAAGCUGUUGGGUGAUGAUAGACCGUGGCCUGAUCACCAGUGGGGACUAUGCAUUUUUGAUGAUGUUAUAGAAUUUGGAGGACCUGCAUGUGACAAAUACACUGAUCAUUUUCUCCAGGCCUUACUAAAGUUUGUAGCAGAUAAGCAAGGUGAAGUACGACAAGCAGCUGCUUAUGGUUGUGGGGUCUUGGGUCAGUUUUCUGGACCUGCCUUUGCACCUGUGUGUGCCCAGGCAAUUCCUCUUUUAGUGCAAGUUAUUGAAAGUCCAGAUGCUCGUAAUGAAGUCAAUCUGAACCCCACCGAAAAUGCUAUUGCUGCCGUCACAAAAAUCCUUAAAUACAAUGCAUCGGCAAUUAAUGUUGACGAGGUAAUUCCACUUUGGUUGUCAUGGCUUCCAGUAUGGGAAGAUACAGAUGAAGCACCUCACGUUUAUGGAUAUUUGUGUGAUUUGAUUGAUGGCAACCAUCCACUUGUCCUUGGACCAAACAACUCUAAUUUACCACGACUCAUGGCCAUAUUCUCUGAGGCAUUCAAGAGAGAAGCUGUCGAGAAGGACGCAGAAGUAACAAAACGCAUGCUUAAUAUUGUACAACAACUACAAGCCAACCCAGAUAUGUUCCAGGCAUGCAUUAGUCAGCUAACUCAAGAGCAGCAAGUUGCACUGCACCAAUACCUUACCACGUAGUUCACUAUUAUUAUCUGUAGUCCUUCAGUUGUUUAGCUGUGUUUCAGUUAUAAUAAAGCAUGUUAUCAAUUUGCUACAAUUAGAAUUGAAAAGUUCAUAGUGUACCUUUGCUGAUAUAUCCAGAGCACGAUGCAUCAUCACAGAAUCACCUGUUGCAUCAUUGUAUUAUCACUUCCCUCAUGACUUUCCCUUGGAUGCCUAGUGGCAUUAUAGCAUAACGGAAAUGAUUACUGAUGAAGUUUAGUAAGGCUUUGGGAGAUAGCCAUGAUAAAUCAUAUUUUAACUUUCUUAGGGUACAAAAUAAAUUCUCAAUGUAAUAACUUGUGUAACUGCUUCUAAAGAAAACAAUUUUUUUUUAAAUUGUUUAUAAAAUGAUAUUUAUUAAGGAAAUUUCCAAUAAUUACUAAAAAGUUGCCUAGUUUAUUUUCCAUCAGAGACUUAGAAUAGUUCAUAAGGGUAAGUUCGCUCUGAUAUUUUAAUAUCAUACACUGCGUGUAUAGUAAAGUAUAUACUGUAUUUAUAGGUAGUGGAUUUUUCCUACUGAUUCCAUUUUUUGAUUGGAGGAUCAUUUAGGGAAUGGAGUGGUUUUUUUUUUUUUUCACUUGAGCUUAGAUGGAUUUUUGUGGAUUCUUAAGUUUUGGGAACUAAGCUAUCCAAGCCAAUUUUUUAUGGAUCUUGGAAUGUGUAUAUGUGGUGUUUAUGAACUGUCACUUGUAAUUGGAAUAGUAAACAUAGAAUCUGUUAUUAUGCAGCAUUCCAAAUUGUGGUAGUAGCUAAAUGGGUGAAUAUGGUGGUCCAAUGUGUGCUUGAAGUGCACAUUCAUUGCUUAAAAAACAUUUCUUGGGACAUUGACAUUAUCACCAUAUUUCUCUUAUAUAACCAGCUUACCCUUGUUAGUAAAAUACUCUGGUUUGCAAUAUAAUAGUGUGCAUUUUCUAACUUAUAUUGCUGGUUUCUUUGGAAAACUAGUAUAAUCCAGUGAUAUUUAAUAUAGAAAUGUCUGUUACCAUAGCUAAUCUGUCAUUUGAGAUGUUUGUUAUAGAUUUCUAUGGGUCAACAGUUAUACAUUUGGGUUUUGGGGGGAGGGAGGGAGAGUAGGAAAUUGAACUAGCAUGGGUAAGCAUAUUACUUGCAAAUUACCCCUUUGUCUUGUAUGGCAAUGUUCUCUGGAUAACGAUAUCUUUAUGGGUGCUCUGCUUGGCAUAGUGAUGCUUGUUACUUUUCAGAGAGGAUUGAUAUGUCUGUUGAGAUUUUAAUAGUUUUAAUAUUAUGAUAAUUUUCUUAAUUUAAGAAAUUGACAGCUUUCAGAAACUUGUUGGAAAAAUAUAUUACAAAUACAUUUAUAUAUAUACAUACAAAUAUAAUGCAUGUGCACACAAAUCACGCUACAUCCGAAAAUGCAUAAUCACUGGUGAAUGGUCCAGAUGAGCCAACAUGGUGAAUUCAAAACAGAAGGUAAGCGCUGUAUUAUUUCAGCCUACCACUGCAGGCCUCGGUGGUAGCCUGAAAUGCUGUUUGUUCUUCUAAACUUCUGUUACAUUUUAUCCUUGUGGAUUCAUUUGUGCCAUAUAAAUCACAGUUCCAUGACUGAUAAUUGCAAUGUUUCUGUUCAUCCUGGAACAUUUUUGCAUCACAGUGUGUGGUUUAGUUGUGAAGGAUGUAUAUGCUAUACAUCAACAUGAAUGGUCUGGAACCUAAAGUAUAAUACAAAUAUUCAUGAGUUUAAGAAAAGUAUGUUUUGAAGUCUUGAGUCAUGUUGGAAGCAGAGCACCUCUUAACACAUCAGUAUAAGUACCAAAGAAAAGCUUGCAGAAUCCUGUGUAAUUUUUGUUUUUUCCAAAUUCUGGAACUCCUUCAGCUUAUUUCUUACCAAGCCAUCAUGCUCAUAUUUCUAUAUACUUUUAUGAAAUUGAGAGAUACUUUGUUCAAGAAUUAAUUUCUACAAGUAGCAACAGUUAUAAUGGAUUUUUUUUUAGAAUACAGUUCUGUACUUUUUUAAUGCAUAAUAUAUAUUAGUUUUACCAUCAGUCAUUUUUAAGGUUUAUUAGGCUCUCUUUUUCUGCUCUCAGAGUAGAGUCUAGCCUUAUAGUAAGCUCUGUAGUUGGCUGUAAAAGCCAUUUCUGUAAGAAUUAUUGCUGAAGUAGUGGUGUGGAAUUUGGUGGUUCGUACCUCUGCAUGUUACACUGUCUCAGGUCCCAACUUCUGACGCUGCUCUUCCCUGGUCAUGUGCUGUGGGCCUAUUUUUAUAUAUAUUUAGCCAGCUCACAUCUAGGGGAUUUUGUAGGGGCUUGAGAAGUAGGGAUUCACACAAUCUCUUCUUUCAUUACAGUAAAUGUACCUCAGAAUAUUGAUUUGGGGCUCUUAUCAUUUGCAUUGUGUACAUAAAUCUUGGGUUGUCUGGCUCCUAGUUUAUUUUGCGAGCCUCCACAUAACCUUUCCAGUUUGUGUAUACCAGGGUAAUUUCACAGUCAUAAUUCUCAAUGUGAUUCCUUCCAGUCAGCCCUCAGCUAGUUUCAUUUAAAGCUAUUUUUUACUUGUAACCUGCAAAGACUUUUUCAGGCAUUAAGUUCAAAAAAAAAAACUGCAUACUUUAAUGCAAGAUAUAUUUAUUUAUUUAUUUAAAAAAUUAGUACAGUAUUUCACUUAUUUAAGAAAAGGCUCUUGUAACUGACUUCAAAAAUUUUGGUGUUGCUUGUUGAUACCACAAUUUUGUGCUCAUAAGUCUUACAGAUCUAUGCAUGAGUGGCUGGCUAUAAUAAACAGUUAUGUAAACUGUUGAUAAUUAGGAAAGAACCUUUGAAAUAUUUUAAUGAAUCUUAGAAUAAGCUUAUUGGCUGUCUUGCAUAAGUUGUGAUAGUUCCAAAUGCACUUUCAGAAAGACUCACACUAAGAUGUCUUAAUAUUUGAAACUGCUAUACGAUCAUUUUUGUGGGGGGAGGGGGGUGAUGUAAGCCUCUUGGCAAGUUCGUUAAGGGCCUGUUGUAAAUAACUUCCACUCAGUAUCAAUAAAUUGUAUCAACUGCAAA